AUGGAUCACUCAAACGAUGCCCAUGCCGCAGCGCCGCAUCGUGGUUCUGUCUGGGCGGCAGCUGCGGGCGUACUUGUUGGAUUAGUCUACAUCUCCAUGACGUCUUGGCAGGAUGCGGCGGAUCCGGAACAGUUUUUGAGUUCAAUUGACAGGACUGGGGUGGACAUAUACGCGCCAGAUGCUGCAUUGCUCGACAUCAACGAGGAGGGCUGUAUCGUUGACCAGCUUCCACGCCCGAAAGUUGUUCAGGGCAGGGACGGAACCUGGCUAGAGGUGACGUUUCUCAACGGUGAUCGCUCGGCAAGUGGAUACCGGACAGACCCAAUUUGCAAGAGCCCCUGGCAAAGCGAUGAACUAGGACGGCCGAUUGUGGAGGAAACAGCAGCUAUAGUCCAGCGAGCCAUCCUUGUCGGCCACCCCAACGUCGGAUGGCUCGACCCAAACAGCACCAGAUGGAUCCCUAGGCCAUGCGCAAGGCCGGUUCCAAGAAUUUUGCAUUUUAUUUGGCUUUGCUCGCCGCUGGCCAUGAUGCGAGCACUCCAUGUUCUGGAGUUUAUGAAAGCGAACCCCACUUAUCGUGUAUUCUUUUGGACCGACUCCCCGAUACCUCCUCCAGUGAAAGCGGUUCUCGAUGCAGAAGCGGAGAAUCGAGCAGCAGGCGGAAUUGUGUAUAUGGAUGCUUAUGCAGAGGCACGAACCUUCAAGUCUCAAGUCUUGAUUAAGUACAUGGACGAACUGAACAGGGACAGCAUGAAUGCAAAACUCUGUGCUGUCAAGUCGCAUUUUUGGCGCUAUGAAGCUGUGAUGAAAUAUGGCGGCAUCUACAUUGACAUGGACCAUGGCUCGACGCGCGGCUUCGAUGAAGUCGGGGGCCCGAAUCUGUGGAGAUGGCCAUUCGUCAUACACAAGGUGUGCGGCGCCAACAUCAACAAUCACAUGUUCAGUGCAGGCAGAGGUUCAGGGUUUCUCGAGUUUGUGCUCAAGGUGAUUACCGAGCGCUGCAGAAAGUUUGGUGCUUGCAGCGUAUUGGAAGGGACCGGGCCACCACCCUUCGCAAUGAGCGUGCUGAAGUACAAUGCUUCCGACAUAGGUCUUAUCGGAGAUCAGUUCUUCAAAGAGACGAGCAUUGCAGAGCAUAUGGCGGAGCAUACUUGGCGAUGA